UUCCUUCCCUUCCCCUCCCAUUGAGCGGCUCGAGCCGAGCGCUGCCCACUUCCGCCCCCUCCGCCUGCCGUUGGAACUAGCUCCGCCGGGCGGGCUGCGGCCGCGAGCAGCCGGCGCUCCUGUCCUCCUCCUCCUCGCCGCCUCUUCCUCUCGCCUGUCCCCUUCUUCCGUGGCCGACGCCGCCCCGAGGCCUCGCGACCGCCGAGCCCGCAGCCCACGCCGCAGCCGACAUGAGCUUCUUGUUUGGUAGUCGCUCUUCUAAAACUUUUAAACCAAAGAAGAACAUUCCCGAAGGUUCUCACCAGUACGAACUCUUAAAACAUGCAGAAGCCACACUUGGCAGCGGCAACCUCCGGAUGGCUGUGAUGCUUCCUGAGGGGGAAGAUCUAAAUGAGUGGGUUGCAGUUAACACUGUGGAUUUCUUCAAUCAGAUCAACAUGCUUUAUGGAACCAUCACAGACUUCUGUACAGAAGAGAGUUGUCCAGUGAUGUCAGCCGGCCCAAAAUAUGAGUAUCACUGGGCAGAUGGAACAAACAUCAAGAAGCCUAUUAAGUGUUCUGCACCAAAGUAUAUUGAUUACCUGAUGACUUGGGUUCAGGACCAGUUGGAUGAUGAGACAUUAUUUCCAUCAAAAAUUGGUGUCCCGUUUCCGAAGAAUUUCAUGUCUGUGGCAAAAACUAUACUCAAACGCCUCUUUAGGGUUUAUGCUCACAUUUAUCAUCAGCAUUUUGACCCUGUGAUCCAGCUUCAGGAGGAAGCACAUCUCAAUACAUCUUUCAAGCACUUUAUUUUUUUUGUCCAGGAAUUCAACCUUAUUGAUAGAAGAGAACUUGCACCACUCCAAGAACUGAUUGAAAAACUUACCUCAAAGGACAGAUAAAAGGAUGCAGAGCUGUGCAAACUGUUCCUCAAAUGAAGCAGUGUGGAGUGUAUUUGGAUUUUUAUUGUAUUUUGUUUUUAUCUGGAUUGUUUUUGUCGUAGGUUUGGGGGGCUUGUUUGGGUUUCUUUUUCUUUAUUCUGAAUAUAUGAAACCACAACCUGUUGUCAGAGAAAGCCAAGAACCAUUCUCUAUACAUUUGAUUGGGGUAAAUUUUGUCCUAGUGGCAUAUGGUAUUUUUUUUUUAACUUGGUUUUGGUUACUUGAGGAGUUUUUAAAUAAUAUUGUGUGCUGAAAGAAAAUGCUUAUUGAUUGAACUGCUGAUGAGUGAGGUUCUUUGUUUUGUAAAUUGUGGCCCAUUUUGAAGUCCCCAAAAGACUUAUGUUUUUAAGUGCCUUGGCAGGCUCACUUCUGAGGUGCAAAGCACAGAUAUAGAACUGAACAGGGCUUGAAACCAUGUUAGGAUUACUAUCCAGGGCACUUACUGGUGCAUGUUGUAAAAUACCUAUGACAAAAGCCAUAGUUUACCUAAAUUGGUGAUCUCCAGCUUUUACUAUUUGGAAGAAACGUAAUUUGUAAAGGUAUGCAUGUAGAACAUAAAAAAUUAAUCUUUCUUAAGUAUUUUUGAUAUUGACAGUAAUAUAUUCUGUUCAACAAAUACUUUAAGUUCUCCAAGCAGGUCUUUUUCCAUCUCUUCAUAUCUGUGACAUUGAAAUUUGAGGAUGUUGAAAUGUAAUAACCUAUUGCAUUUUGGCUUCUUUCUACAUGUUAACUGCACUGUAGGUGUAAAAAUUCAGGUUAUAUAUAGGAUUGCCAUCUUCAGAGGUGAUGCUGAACUGUGAGGUUUCUUAGCAAUUGCCAAAUGAGCCAUAAGUCUGCAGAAUCCCCUUCUACUUUAAAGAGGGGGGAUAGGCGUGUGUGUUUGGGUUGGGGGGCGGUGUUAAUUUAUAUGGGGAGUUAGGGAAGGAAUUAAGUAUAGAAAGUCAAGUUCUAGAAAGUCCUGUCUUAAAACCCUUGAAUAGAAUGGCAUGAAGAUUUUAGUCAAUUACUUACAAACAAAAGUCUUAGAGACUUCUUUUUAGGAAUCAGCUUCCAUGAGAAGUUAAAAAUAAAUUAAUAAUUUUAGGUAUAGAUAUUAAACAUAGACUAUAAGGACUUUUUGGGGAAAUUGAUCACUUUUUAACAUUUCCAUUCAGUGAAUGGAGCUGGUGUUUGGCUAUCAUUUUAAAAUGAUACAGUACUUCUUUACUUAAUAUAGGUCCAAUUUGAAGCAUUCUGACUUCUGAUUUUUCCACUGUGAAAGGAAAUCUUUAUCUUUGUAGUGAUAUCAAACAAUGAAAAUGCUAAUUAAGUAGUUAACUUUUAAAUUUUAUUUGCCAUGACUUUCUAGUGAAUUAUUACCAUAAGUAACAAGUUCAGAAACUUAGUUUUUAGAAUCAAUAUUAAUUUUUUUCACUUCAGUUUUAUUGAUUUUUAGUUCUGAUUUUGUCAUUUCUGGUAAAUCUGCUUUCUUCAGUUAGAAUUAUAUCCCUUUCCUUCAGUUGAAACAUAGACCCAUUUUCCUUAUAGAAUAGAAAUGCUUGCUCUGAAAUUUGUAUAGAUUAAAGGCACUUAAUAGAAAAGAAGAAUCUAAAAUGAAAUCAAUUUGUUUUUGUCAUUAACAAGUAGAGCAGUGGUAUAAUUUAAUGCUAUCACAAUUAGGACUACUAGGAACUGCCUUUUUCUCCAUCCCAUUUCUAGCAAUUAUUCACCAAGUAUCAACAACGGAGGUAACAGGAGAGCCUGGCAGAGGCAAAUGUAUUGGACAUUUAUUGGUAAAGCUUAUUUAUAAACUGUAGCGAGAGCUAGUUGAUUUCCUUAAAUCUUUUAGUAUCCAGGUAGAUAACAUCAACCACUGUGGGUUGAUUCAGAAAUAAAAUUGGUAUCAAGUAAUUCUGAGUCUUACCUAUAUAGGAAAAUGAAGCACAUGAUGACUCAAAUAGUCUUCCAUACUGCAUUUGACUUCAUAUCAGUCUAGUAACAAAGGGGUUGUAAUAGCCAAGGGUAAAGAGAAUAGUGAAAAAUUGUUCUUGCUCUUUUAGGCCUUAUACAGUAGUACGCUGUAAAAAAUGGAUAAAUGUUUCUAUAAAUUAAUGUUUAGUAGUAGGUGCUACAUGGUUUUCACUGUGCCAGAAUCUCAGGUGCCUGCUUCUGAGUAUUUCUUUAAUCAGAGUGAUUGGAAAAGGAGAUAUGUGUAUGUGCAUAUAUGGUAACAAAGUAUAGACGUUAAGUGUGGGAGAGGCCUGGCAUUGUACCUGGUGUUACAUGGCUACAAAUAAGGCAAUAACAGGGAAUAUGAGAAAGAACUGAUUUAAUAAAGAGGUGAUUUGAUUGGUC